AUGGUCUCGCUUCAGGCGCCCCACGAUACAACAGCCAACAUUGAAGUGGCUGAUAUCUACCCAUUGGCUGAUUCACUUUACCAAUCCACUCGCGAGUCACCCUCACUCGUGAACCAGGCUACCAACGAACUGGAUUUAUUGCUUACUGUGCUGGACUUUACAAGGUCAUACGCGGCCCUGUGUACGAAGACGCUACCGGUUCAAUUUCCGGAGAUUUUGAGGCGUUGUCGUGGAGUUUUGGUGGAUUUAAGGACCUUUUCGCUGUACCCCAGUAGAGUCGGGUCACAUCAUCAGAUUAUGGAGAUUCGAUCGCGACUUGGAUCCAUUACUUUUGAGCUGAGCAUGAUGAAUGCUAAUAUGGCUAUAGCUUCGCAAAAGAAUGUUAGUAUGGCCACACGGAGACUUAUUGACGACAUCCAAACUGGCAAACGAGACCCUUUAAUUGUUUCUAAUGUACUUGAUGUCGGCCAAUGCAGCUCUGAAAUCUCAAAAAACGAGGCAUGGCAAAGAUUACAGACCGAAUUAAUCGAAAUCGGUAUUGGUCCGGAAAUAUCAAAUCAAGAUCACGAAUUCAUCAUUAGUACCCUUGACAGGGCCGUCAAAGAUGAAGAUUUGCUACGAAGCAUGCGGCCAGAACCACACAUUGAGGUCAAUAAUGCAUCACAUCCACCAGUAAACCAUUCUCAUUCACCACUCAACGAUCCCCCUUCAAAACAAAACAUGAUCGAGACCGACACAGACAAGAUAGCUCUGCCACGAAAUUCUUCAGACUUGCCUAUUCUCACCGCAACAGAAAUACAAGGAGAUUCCGACAAAGAAGUACUACCCCGAGAAAACUUCCCGGAACCGGUACUUUCAGCCAGAUGGAGUCCAGGCGAUGAUGCAGACAAAGAAGUCUUUCAAGAGAACUUUCCUAUCGCCAUUGAGACUGAGCUGGGGAGCUCUACAACUUUCUCGGGAACUCAAUCAGAUGCUAGCUCGUCGAGAGGAGAAAGCUCCUCAUAUACAGCGAUCGUGCGGGGCAAAAAGCCUAAUAUAAUGCGGAAAAUGAAAUUCAAGCUCAUGAACAGUAGCGACCGAUUUUUUGAACUUGUUCGACAGGGUGAUCUCAACACCGUCCAAAGAACACUGGAUAAAGGGGCUCAUGUGAACACGAUGGAUUUGCACGGUCAAACGGCGUUGAUGUAUGCUAUUCAGUUUUCCCAUAUGCACCUGGUUGAUCUAUUACUGGCGUAUGAUGCAAAUGCCGUGCACAUGUCAGCGAAAGGGGAUACUGCACUGAGUAUUGCGGCUGCGAGAGGCUCCGAGAAACUCGUUCGGAUGUUACUGGAGCGAGGCACUUUGGUGGAUGGUUCGAAGAACAUCGGGAAGACGGCGCUCUCCCAGGCCGCAGAGUGUGGUCAUGAAAAUGUCGUUCGGAUGCUGUUUAAUGCGGGUGCGGAUAUCAACGGACUUUCGCAUACUGGUGAUACUGCACUUUCAAAGGCCGCGAUGAAUGGGCAUCUGGAUAUUGUUCGGUUCCUUUUGGAUAAUGGGGCUAUACCAGAUCAUUGUGGGUAUCCUCGAAAGACGCCCCUUUACAAGGCUGUACAUAAUGGCGAACUGGAAGUAGUAAAGGUGCUGCUCCAACGAGGGGCGGAUCAAAGUUGUCCGGAUUCCAAUCGAGGUUGGACGCCAUUGACACUGGCUGCCAUGUAUAAUAGGACGGAGAUGCUUGCUAUGAUGAACGGUCGUGGUGCAGGCUUCACACCCUACCAACAUCAAAAUCGGUAG